AUGAGAUCAAGAAAAAGAGGUGCAGGGCCCAGAGUUUCAAAGCUACUCUUGAGCUUCCUUCUCCUGCAGCCAAAGAAACUGACUGGAGAGUGCUUGUCAGGAGGGAGAUUCGAUAUUUGCAGUCUUAAUAUUCAUCAAGGCAUUAGAGAUUACAAUCCAAUAGUUGCCAUUGAGAGAACAGUUUUCUACAGGGAGAAGGCUGCUGGAAUAUACUCUCCUCUACCAUAUGCAGCAGCUCAGAUUCACAAAGUUGGCGAAGUUGACAAACUUUUCAAGCAGACAUGUUCCCAUUCAUCAAAAUGGUAUGGCCAUUACAUAACAACUUGGAAUUUUGGCCCCCCAAAGUACACAUGCCAAUAUUGUGGAGCUCUUUUAUGGUAUGAAGAACGAACAACAAAAACAAAACAAACAACAAGACCGAUAUUCUCAUUUUGUUGUAUGGGAGGAGGUCGUGUACAACUUCCUUUAUUGAGGGAACCACCACCCUAUCUGAAGUAUCUUUUGGGUAAAGAAUCAGGGCAACUAGGUAUUAAUUUUCGAAAAAAUAUUAGAGCUUAUAACUCAAUGUUUGCAUUUACAUCCAUUGGUGGCCGAGUUGAUGGAUCUAUCAAUCACUCAAAGGGGCCAUACGUUUUCAGGACGUGUGGUCAGAAUUAUCAUCGUAUAGGAUCUUUAUUGCCUGAAAUUGGUAAAAGACCCCAAUCUGCUCAGCUAUAUAUAUAUGAUACUGAAAAUGAGAUAAACAACAGAAUGAAUUGUCUGCUAGAAGGAGACAUUGAUCCUGAAAUUGUUCAGGGCUUAUCAGUAAUGUUGGAGGAGCAUAAUAUAUUGGUUAAAACAUUUCGAAUGGCUAGAGAUAGAUAUAAAGAGCAUCCUGAACGUGAAUUUCGCCUACGUCUCCUAUCUAAUAGGACAACGGAUGGUCGACAAUAUAAUUUACCCACAACUUCUGAAGUAGCUGGAUUAAUAGUGGGUGAUGUUAUGGAAGAAAACUUCCAGCGAGAUAUUAUUGUAGAGCAUAGGAAAAAUGGACUUCAAAGAAUUUCUGAUCUACACCCAAGUUUUAUGUCUAUGACAUAUCCACUAAUACACCCUUAUGGUGAAGAUGGAUAUAGAGUUGGAAUAAAUUUGGGAGAUGUCAUCAACAAGACUUACAAGCGACAAAAAUUAACAACGAGAGACUUCUAUUGCUUUAGAAUACAACAAAGACUUAACGAGGGUAAGACUCUCUUACUUGCCGGUAGACUAUUACAACAAUACAUUGUUGACGGUUACAUGGCAAUCGAGGAAGAAAGAUUUCGUUAUAUUCGGAAUAAUCAACCAAAACUCAGAGCUGAUCUUUACUCUGGCUUAAUGGAUGCCAUUCUUCGUGGUGAUUCAGAUUGUUCUUUGAUAGGAAAAACAGUUAUCUUACCUUCAUCUCACACCGGAGGACCUCGCUAUCGGGCACAAAAUUAUCAAAAUGCAAUGGCAAUUUGCAGGUGGGCUGGAUAUCCAGAUUUGUUUCUCACUUUCACAUGCAAUCCAAAGUGGCCCGAAAUAAAUGAAAUGCUUCGCUUAAUAGAACAAUCUGGUGAUGAUAACAGGGUUGACAUUAUAUGCAGAGUGUUCCAAAUCAAGUUAUUUCAAUUAAUGCAAGAUCUGAAAAAGCAACAACCUUUUGGAAAAAUAAUUGCAUGUUUAUAUACAAUUGAGUUUCAGAAAAGAGGACUACCUCAUGCACAUAUAUUACUCUUCCUGCAUCCUACAUUAAAAAGUCCAUCUAUAGAUCAUAUCAACACAAUGAUAACAGCUGAAAUACCCAAUAUGGAAGUAGACCCGGAUGGUUAUAAAGCUAUAAAGAACUACAUGAUGCAUGGACCUUGUGGAGACCUCAAUCCAGGAUGCCCAUGUAUGAAGCAAGGAAAAUGCACCAAGCAUUUUCCAAAGAAGUUCAAUAAUCAAACAACUUUUGAUGCAGAUGGGUUCCCAAUUUAUAGGAGAAGAAACACAGGUACUGAAGUAAAUAAAAAUAAUGUCUUUUUAGAUAACAGAUAUGUCGUCCCUUAUAACAGGAAUUUGAUUGUCAAAUUUGAUGCACAUAUAAAUGUCGAGUUGUGCAAUUACUCGAGAUCAGUGAAGUACCUAUUUAAAUAUGUGAAUAAGGGAUCUGAUAGAGCAACAAUUGGUAUAGAAUGCUCAGAUACUCCCACAGAACGUGAUGAGAUCAAAAGAUAUCUAGAUUGUAGAUACAUAUCAGCUACAGAAGCUUCCUGGAGGAUCUUUUCGUUUGACAUACAUCAUAGACAGCCAGCAGUUGAGCAUUUGCCAUUCCAUUUACAAGGAGAAAACACCAUAGUAUUCCAAGAAGAAAGGUGUCCUGAAAGCAUACUAAACAGACCCGAUAUAGUAAAAACAAAAUUCACGGAAUGGUUUGAGGCAAACAAAGAAUAUGAGGAUGCGCGAGAGCUAACAUAUUCAAAUUUUCCUACACGUUGGGUCUGGGAUGCAACAUGCAAAAGAUGGACUAGAAGAAAAAAGGGGAAGUCAGUUGGUAGAAUUUACUUCGCACAUCCUGUAAGUGGGGAACGAUUUUACAUGAGAAUGCUACUUAAUUUUGUCAAAGGAAGCACUUCUUUUGAAAGCAUCAGAACAAUUAAUGGAGUCCGGUAUGAUACUUAUAAGGAGGCAUGCUACGCAUUGGGAUUAUUGGAGGAUGAUAAAGAAUGGAAUGACUGCUUGGCUGAAGCUGCAUAUUGGGCAUCAGGAAAUGAGUUGAGAAAUCUGUUUGUGACGAUACUAAUUCACUGUCAAGUGUCUGAUUCGUCCAAACUUUGGAGGAGCAACUAUGAAAUUUUAUCAGAAGAUAUAACAUCAUUACAACGAAAGAAAUUUCAAUUGGAAGAUUUAAAGUUAAAUGAAAAACAACUUGAAUCAUAUACGUUGUUUGAGAUAGAAACCAUACUUCUGAAGAUAGGAAAAAGUUUGAAAGACAUACAUGGAAUGCCACUUCCAGAUUCCACUUUGAUGAAUGACACAGGGAAUCGCCUUAUCAAUGAGGAACUAGAAUAUGACAAAGGUUUCUUAAAGGAAGUACAUGAUAAAUCAUUCGCUCUUUUAAAUGAUUGUCAAAACAUAGCUUACGAAGCAGUAAUUUUGGAAAAAUUAUAA